CGUUCACCACGGGGCCCCGGCUCGCCGAGGGAUCUACAUAUAAAGCUCGGCGCAUCUGUCGCAGUCGUGGCAGCUCGUCCAUAAGAUGGCGGUACUUCCCUGCGGGCGGAUCGUGGCCUCCUCCCGACGCUCGAGCUUGUCGCCAUUGUUCACGACUGCCAGGUGCCUGCGUCCACUCGUCCAACAAAACUGCUAGGUCCUUCCUGCCAAGAUGUGGAUGUGCAUAUGGAGACUCCUCGCAUUAGUGGCGAUCCAAGCCGUGGUGGCGACAGCGAAUUCGCAGCCCUUCGCACCCAAGGUCGUCAUCGUUGACUUCUACACUGAUGAGGCCAAUGCGUGGACCGGCAUCCCCGAGUUCGACCUCCUCGCACGCAACGUCACCGUCCCUAGUCUCUCCAGGCGCUAUCCCGCCAUCCACUGCACGGCCUCGGCCGACAUUUGCCAGCUCGUCACAGACGAGGGCGAGAUCAACGCGGCGCUAUCCACGUUCGCUCUCAUCCACUCUCCUCUCUUCAACCUCACCCACUCGUAUUUCCUCCUCGCCGGUGAUGGGGGCAUCUCACCAAAGCAGGGCACGCUCGGCUCGGUCGCGUUCGCACGUUUCUCGGUGCAGGUCGCGCUGCAGUACGAAAUCGAUGGGCGCGAGAUCCCAGACGGAUUCCCUACCGGGUACGUGCCCCAGGGGACGACCGCACCAGACCAGUGGCCGCUGUACAUCUACGGCACGGAGGUCUUCGAGCUGAACGACGCCCUGCGCCAGCGUGCCGUCGCCCUCGCCCGCAAAGCCAAACUGAACGACACUGCGAGCGCCCAGCAGUACAGACAGCUGUACGCCAGCGAGCCUCAGUACGCCGCAGCACUCGGCGAGCCACGCGUGCUUGCAUGUGACACGGCGACGUCAGACGUGUGGUGGAGCGGUGCGCUGCUAGGAGCUGCGUUCGAGAACACGACAACGCUGUUUACGAACGGCACGGGCGUGUAUUGCACUACGCAGCAAGAGGACGGGGCGGUGCUCGGGGCGCUCCUCCGCGGGGCACUCGCGCGUCGCGUCGACUUCGGGCGCGUCAUUGCUAUGCGGACAGCGUCGGACUUCGACAGGCCGCCCCCAGGCGUGAGCGCCGCGGACAAUCUGUUCAAUGGGCAGGACGCGGGGUACGAUGCGUCGGUGCGGAAUGUGUACCUUGCGGGCGUGCAGGUCGUGCAGGGUAUCAUGAACGAGUGGGAGGAUGUGUAUGAAAGGGGUGUAGAGCCGCAAAACUACAUCGGAGACGACAUUGGCUCGCUAGGUGGGAUUCCGACGUUUGGACUAGGCAGCCAGUUCGGCGGGCUCGCGCCAGGACAAUGAUAUGGUAGCUGCUGUCUUACGUCCCUAACACCUAUGCAGGGCAAGUAUGCAUGUGUGUUUGCCUUUGUUCCAGCGCUCUUUGCACGUCGCACGACCAGCUUCCACAUUGCUACUCGUCAGAAAUAAGGAUGUUACGAUGGCAUGGCAGGACUGACUACGGCGCGGUAGCUGUGGACGUGACCAGCGCUAGAUCUGACCUCAUUCGGAACAAUGUCAGUGCACGCGCGACACGCGCGUAGGGGCUAGAAUGCCAGGGGUCCAGGUCGUUCGAGCUACCUACUCCGUUCAUAUGUGGCAUGCGACUCAGUCCUGUCAGACAGUGCCUCAGGCAGACUCUGAAGCGGCGAGGCUGAUACACUUAGUGGCUUGACUGACUAUCUGCCACAGAAUAUGCCCUACCUAUCAUACACAACUCCUCAGCAGAGGCGAAUAAUGAAGGCACGGGCACAAGCCAGGCCAGCGCUGGUGCUAGCUGGAUGCACCGUCGCAGUCCAGCGGCUCAACUUCAUAUCGUCCCAUGUGGUACAGAUGGCGGAGGACGCCUAGUGCAUGGAUCUGACCUCACAAGCUUUGCAGGCGAGUACAAAAGGUACACAAGGCACUCA